GCGCUCCCCGGCCGGCCGCUCUCGGGCUCCCGCUCCCCGCGCGCAAGAUGGCUGACCCGGCUGCGGGGCCGGCGCCGAGCGAGGGCGAGGAGAGCACCGUGCGCUUCGCCCGCAAAGGCGCGCUCCGCCAGAAGAACGUGCACGAGGUGAAGAACCACAAAUUCACCGCCCGCUUCUUCAAGCAGCCCACCUUCUGCAGCCACUGCACCGACUUCAUCUGGGGCUUCGGGAAGCAGGGAUUCCAGUGUCAAGUUUGCUGCUUUGUUGUGCACAAGCGGUGCCAUGAAUUUGUCACAUUCUCCUGCCCUGGCGCCGACAAGGGUCCCGCCUCUGACGAUCCCCGAAGCAAACAUAAGUUUAAGAUCCACACAUACUCCAGCCCCACGUUUUGUGACCAUUGUGGGUCCCUGCUGUAUGGCCUCAUCCACCAGGGAAUGAAGUGUGACACCUGCAUGAUGAACGUGCACAAGCGCUGCGUGAUGAAUGUCCCCAGCCUCUGUGGCACUGACCACACGGAGCGCCGUGGCCGCAUCUACAUCCAGGCCCACAUCGACAGGGACAUCCUCAUCGUCGUAGUAAGAGAUGCUAAAAACCUUGUACCUAUGGACCCCAAUGGCUUGUCGGAUCCCUACGUAAAACUGAAAUUGAUUCCUGAUCCCAAAAGCGAGAGCAAGCAGAAGACUAAAACCAUCAAGUGCUCCCUCAACCCCGAGUGGAACGAGACGUUUAGAUUUCAGCUGAAAGAAUCGGACAAAGACAGAAGACUGUCAGUAGAAAUUUGGGAUUGGGAUCUGACCAGCAGGAAUGACUUCAUGGGGUCUUUGUCAUUUGGCAUUUCUGAACUGCAGAAAGCUGGUGUCGAUGGCUGGUUUAAGCUACUGAGCCAGGAGGAGGGUGAAUACUUCAACGUGCCCGUGCCACCCGAGGGCAGCGAGGGCAACGAGGAGCUGCGGCAGAAGUUCGAGAGGGCCAAGAUUGGUCAGGGGACAAAAGCUCCAGAAGAAAAAAUGACUAACACCAUAUCCAAAUUUGACAACAAUGGCAACAGGGACCGGAUGAAACUGACCGAUUUUAACUUCCUGAUGGUGCUGGGGAAAGGCAGCUUUGGCAAGGUCAUGCUCUCAGAGCGGAAAGGCACAGACGAGCUCUAUGCCGUGAAGAUCCUGAAGAAGGACGUGGUGAUCCAGGACGACGACGUGGAGUGCACCAUGGUGGAGAAGCGGGUGCUGGCCCUGCCCGGCAAGCCACCUUUCCUGACCCAACUCCACUCCUGCUUCCAGACCAUGGACCGCCUGUACUUCGUGAUGGAGUACGUGAACGGGGGAGACCUCAUGUACCACAUCCAGCAAGUUGGCCGGUUUAAGGAGCCUCAUGCUGUAUUUUACGCUGCCGAAAUUGCCAUCGGUCUGUUCUUCUUGCAGAGCAAGGGCAUCAUUUACCGCGACCUAAAACUUGACAACGUGAUGCUGGAUUCUGAGGGGCACAUCAAGAUUGCUGAUUUUGGCAUGUGUAAGGAAAACAUCUGGGAUGGGGUGACAACCAAGACCUUCUGUGGCACUCCAGACUACAUAGCCCCUGAGAUAAUUGCUUAUCAGCCGUAUGGAAAGUCCGUUGACUGGUGGGCAUUUGGAGUCCUGCUGUAUGAAAUGUUGGCUGGGCAGGCGCCCUUUGAAGGAGAGGAUGAGGAUGAACUCUUCCAGUCCAUCAUGGAACACAACGUGGCUUAUCCAAAGUCCAUGUCCAAGGAAGCUGUGGCCAUCUGCAAAGGGCUGAUGACCAAACACCCGGGCAAGCGUCUGGGUUGUGGACCUGAAGGCGAACGUGACAUUAAAGAGCAUGCAUUUUUCCGGUAUAUUGAUUGGGAGAAACUUGAACGCAAAGAGAUUCAGCCCCCAUAUAAGCCAAAAGCUUGCGGACGAAAUGCUGAAAACUUCGACCGGUUUUUCACCCGCCAUCCACCCGUCCUAACACCUCCUGACCAGGAAGUCAUCAGGAAUAUUGACCAAUCAGAAUUCGAAGGAUUUUCCUUUGUUAACUCUGAAUUUUUAAAACCUGAAGUCAAGAGCUAAGUAGAUGUGUAGAUCUCCGUCCUUCAUUUCUGUCAUUCAAGCUCAACGGUUAUUGUGGUGACAUUUCUUUUUCAUUGCCAACUUGCAUCCCUGUUUUAUUUUCUGAUAUGACUAGAGUGACCAUGUUUCAGAACCCAAAUGUCCUCAGGUAGUUUGGAGCAUCUCUAUGAGAUGGGAUUAUGCAGAUGGCUUAUAGAAAAUGCUGCUGCAUAAUUAACACGUUAUCAAAGUCCUCUUACAAUUCAUUUUCCACAGCAUGUCAGCUAAGUAGAUCCAGUGGGAAGAGAAAACGCCUGCUUUCUUUUCCUCUUUUUCUGCACUGCUGUUUCACCCGCACCAUCCAGUCUAGACUCUUCCUACCGUGUGGGUGGAUAAUCGGAUGCUAGCAGUAUUCCUCUACUUCCGGGCCUGGAGCUUGGCUUGUAUCCAAGGAUAUGGUUGCUUUGACCUAGAGGGAAUCCUUCCAUUCUGCCUUUUCUGGAGGGACCAGAGCUUUGAAAAGAACAUGCUAAAAAUAACAUGUUCCAGUUUUUUUAGCUCAAAGUUAAGAAGAUUAUCUACGUCCUAAAAUUCCAAGAGCGUGCUUUUAGACAACUUCAGUCAAAAAGCACUUAAAGGGGUCAAAAGGCAACCAGCUUGGGUACUACCUCGAUGCCGUCAUUUCUGAUGCUGUAUGUCCCUGAUCACCCCCAUCCCCUAAACUACUUGAAAAGGGCAUUUGGCACCACUCCCUGAAAGAACAUGGUCACUCUAGCAAGGUCCCAAAGGUCUUACAUUACAUUUCAAACUUUAUUUGCUUUGGGGUUUUAUUUCUGUUAUUGUUCAAACGCGAAAAAGAAAAAAAAAGGUUAUCAAUUUGUUACACAUGCUUUAAAAUAUGUGUCCAAAUGUUAUUAACCACAAUGACCUGCUUUGAUUUCACCAAGAAGACGGCUAUAGAGCCUGGCAGACUCGUGCCAGUGGGGAUGGGUUGGUCUAGGUUUGUUGCUGGCUUUGAAAACCUAACUAAGUGCUCUGAGAGAGACACCAUUUCUUGAAACAGACAGUUGUAUUCUUCACUUUAAUGUUGUUUUGCAAGAUGUUUGUGGAAAUGUCCAUUUGUGUCUGGAUAUCUGUUAUGUGCCAUUUUUCUUCUAGCAUCGAGAUACAAUAAAAAAAAAAAAGAAAGAAAGAAAA